AGUGUGGUGUCCCCCCCCGCGACGGAAUGGUUCAGUCCUGCCCAUCCCUGGCGCAGUCCGAGCGAGGAUGCGCGGCGUGGGGUGAAGAGAGGAGGGGGCUUCGAGGGGGGGCUGCGGGGCCCCCGCGGGGUCGGGGGGCGAUGGCCGGGGAGGCUCCUCCGGGCGCGGCGCUGCCCCCGGAGCUGGAACCGCUGCGCUGCGGCAUCUGCGGAGAGCACUUCCGCAGCCCCAAGGUCCUGCCCUGCCUGCACUCCUUCUGCCAGAGGUGCCUGCAGGGCUACGUGCCCGCGCAGAGCCUGACGCUGUCGUGCCCGGUGUGCCGCCGCAGCUCCAUCCUGCCCGAGGCCGGGGUCUCGGCGCUGCAGGACAAUCGCUUCCUGACGCUGCUGAUGGAGCAGCUGCAGCGCCCCCCGGCGGCGCCCCCCGGCACGGCGCCCCCCCCGCCGCCGCCCCCCGCGCAGCCGCUCUGCUGCCCCAACCACGACGGCAAGGUGAUGGAGUUCUACUGUGAGCCCUGCGAGACAGCCAUGUGCCAGGACUGCACCGGGGGGGAGCACCGAGACCACCCCACGGUGCCCCUGCGAGAGGUCCUGCAGCAGCACAAAGCUGCCCUGCAGCUGCAGCUCGACGCCGUCCGCGCCAGGCUGCCGCAGCUGUCGGCUGCCAUCGGGUUGGUGUCGGAGAUCAGCAGGCAGCUGGGCGAGCGCCGGGCAGAGGCUGCCGCCGAGAUCGGUGCCACCUUCCGCGAGCUGGAGGAGGCUCUGUGCCAGCGCCGGGCAGAGCUCGAGAGGGACCUGGAGGCCACCUGCGCUGCCAAGCAGAAGGUGCUGCAGGCGCAGCUGUCGGCGCUGCGGCAGGGCCAUGCGCAGCUGCUGAGCAGCCUGCGGCUCACGGAGCGGGUGCUGGAGCGCGGCUCGGCGCCGGAGGUGCUGCUGGUGCGGAAGCCGCUGGGCGAGCGCCUGGCGGAGCUGGCGGCGCGGCGCAUGCCCGAGCAGCCCCACGAGAACGCGCAGCUCGACCUCGCCGCCGACCCCGCGCCCCUGCGCCGCGGCAUCCUGGCGCUGGGCGCCCUGGUGACCACCAGCGCCACCGCGCACCAGACGGUGGCCAGCGGCGAGGGCCUGCGGCAGGCCGUGGUGGGGCAGCCGGCGUCGCUCAGCGUCACCACCAAGGACAAGGACGGGCAGCUGGUGCGCUGCGGCAGUGCCAGGCUGCGCUUCCAGGUGACGGGCGCGGACGGGACGCCGGCGGAGGCGGAGGUGCUGGACAACCGGAACGGGACCUACGAGCUGCUGUACACGGCGCGGGGCGAGGGGGAGCUGCUGCUCUCCAUCCUGCUCUACGGGCAGCCCAUCCGCGGCAGCCCCUUCCGCGCCCGCGCCCUGCGGCCCUGCGACGUCCCGGCCGCCGCCGACGACGCCAAGCGCAGGGUCAAGUCCCCGGGCGGCGGCGGCGGCGGCCACGUGCGGCAGAAGGCGGUGCGGCGCCCGUCCAGCAUGUACGGCAGCGGCAAGCGCAAGGACAACCCCAUCGAGGACGAGCUCAUCUUCCGCGUGGGAAGCCGUGGCCGGGAGAAGGGAGAGUUCACCAACCUGCAGGGCAUCUGCACCUCCAGCAGCGGCCGCAUCGUGGUGGCUGACAGCAACAACCAGUGUGUGCAGGUGUUCUCCAGCGAGGGGCAGUUCCGGCUGCGGUUUGGGGUCCGCGGGCGCUCCCCGGGGCAGCUGCAGCGCCCCACGGGGGUCACUGUGGACACCAACGGCGACAUCAUCAUCGCCGACUACGACAACCGCUGGGUCUCCGUCUUCUCGCCCGAGGGCAAGUUCAAGAGCAAGAUCGGCGCCGGGCGGCUGCUGGGCCCCAAGGGCGUGGCCGUGGACCGCAACGGCCACAUCGUGGUGGUAGACAACAAAGCCUGCAGCGUCCUCACCUUCCAGCCCAGCGGGAAGCUGCUCACCAAGUUCGGCUCCCGCGGCACGGCCGACAAGCAGUUCGCAGGGCCUCACUUCGUGGCUGUCAACAACAAGAACGAGAUUGUGGUCACCGACUUCCAUAACCACUCUGUCAAGGUGUACAGCGCGGAUGGGGAGUUCCUGUUCAAGUUCGGGUCGCACGGGGAGGGCAACGGGCAGUUCAAUGCCCCCACCGGGGUGGCAGUGGAUGCCAACGGCAACAUCAUCGUGGCCGACUGGGGCAACAGCCGCAUCCAGGUGUUCGACAGCUCUGGCUCCUUCCUGUCCUACAUCAACACCGCUGCAGAUCCUCUGUACGGCCCCCAGGGGCUGGCGCUGGCCCCCGACGGCCACGUCCUGGUGGCUGACUCCGGGAACCACUGCUUCAAGGCCUACCGAUACCUGCAGUAGCCCUGGGCACAUGGGGACAGGCCU